UAUAUCUAUGCUGUAUAAUAAUAAUUUUAAAACAUUGUUUAAUUGUUAAUAUAAAAUACAGUGGAGUCCAAUAUGUCUGGAAACACAAGGAGAAUAAUGUAUUUAGAAUUUUUUAAAGAAUAUCUUUAUUUAUUUUUCUGUAGUGCUGAGGAUUGAACCCAAGGCCUCACAUGUACAAAACAAGUCCUCUACCACUGAGCUACAUAUAUUUACUAUUGUACUUGUUUAUUUUAGAUGAGCAAUUGGAUAAAUCACCCUUUAAAUUUAGAGGUAUUGCACACACACAAAAGUGUCUGUAGGUUGAAGAAAAAACAUUAUCUCAAAAUGUGUUUUUUUGGCCUGGUGCAGUGGCGCACGCCUGUAAUCCCAGCAACUAGGGAGGCUGAAGCAGGAGGAUAGCGAAUUCAAAGCCAGCUUCAGCAAAAGUGAGGUAUAAGCAAAUCAGUGAGACCCUGUUUCUAAAUAAAAUACAAAACAGUGCUAGGGCUAGGGGUGUGGCUCAGUGGUGGAGUGCCCCUGAGUUCAAUCCCUGGCACCACCCCCCAAAAUGUGUUUUUUCUGUUUCCUGACUUUUUGUGCAGCUUGUCAUUUAACAUACAAGACAAUACAUUAAAACAUUUGUACUGUAAUAUUCUACCUUGGGGAACGGAGACUUGGACAAUUCAGUUUCAUGAAGUGAUCAUAUCCAUCACAAAUUAAAACAAGGUGGCUGUAUAGUCAGUCUCCAUGCACUUUAACAUAUUGAGCAUGCGCUAUGUUACCAAGGCUUUCUGUAACUCAUCUGGAAGGUAUUGGAAGGAUAAAAAUAGAGUAAAUGUUCAGAAUUUCCAUCCUAGGAGUUUCCUGCUUUUGCCUACAUCUCAACUGUCAGUCUAGGGCCUGUCUGUUCUGUUCAGUACUGUGCAGAGACAGUGGAAGCAUUUUAUACCACACAUAUCCAAGCUGCCAGAUCGUCUAGGCGCUGGCCUCUGCCUGCCCUGAAACAGCGCCUUUCCUGUUCUUCUCAGAGUGGAAAAAGUGAAGGAGGGAGGUUGUAAAGACCCAGGAGCCAGGAAGAAUGUGUGGGGUUAGACAGCAUUAGCAGAUUUCUUUUCAAGGAAAGCCUGGUUUCCAGCGUCCUUUAGUUCUUUGCCUGCUGGCAUGUCAGCCUAGGUCACGUGGUAAAAGCACCAUCAGGAAACCUACCUUUCCUGGCUUCUAAAGACAGGUGGGGUCUGGUAAGUCACAGGCCAUCUCAAUGACUUUCUACCAUUUUAGUUGUUUUGUUUUUUUAAGCCUCAAAACAGAUAGAAUGGAUGGGCGUUUCUGGACAGUAUGUGACUUUCAUUCAUCUGAAUUACUUAUAAUUACACAGGACAUUUCUUCCUGAUCAGCCCAGCCUCCCCCCAUCCUCUUUUUUGGUACUGGGGAUUGAACCCAGGGGCACUUUACAUAAACAUUGAGCUACAACUCUAGUCCUUUCUGUUUUUGAGACAGGGUCUUGCCAAGUUGCUGAGGUUGGCCUCGAACUUGUGAUCUUCCUGCUUCAGCCUCCCCAGUUGCUGUGAUUACAGACCUGAACCACUGCACCUGGCUAGCCCAGGCCUUUUAAUAGAGGUCCACGCAAUUUAUUCAUUUAUUUAUUCACUUGCUAUUUGGGGUUGGGUGUGGGGCCUCACAGAGCAGUGAAAAAAGAUGCAGUAUAUGCUCUCAGUUUACAGUCUACAGGGAAAGAUCAACAUUAAGCAGAUAUUUUUCACAAAUACUAAAUUGCAGCUAUGACCAUUGCUUUGAAGAAGUCGUAAAGGGUGUCAUGGGACUAUUUAACAGGAAGGCCCAGUCUAGAUGAGGAGGUUUAAGAAGCUUUCCCUGGGCAGUGACUGAUUUUUGACAUGGCCAGGAUAAGGUGAACAGAAGUGCUACAACAAAAGAAGCCAAGUAGAGAGUUUGAGAGCCGAACUCUCGAAUGUCCAGUGUGUACACUCUGUACCUGCUGAAACCGAGGCCCAGAGAAAGGAGCGGUUUCCCUUGACUAAUGAAGUUCUACUUCCUGUCAGCUGCAGGGCUAGAGAGGCAAGCUCAGAGUGGGUUUCUUAGGUGGGUAGAAAUCAAGAUGCCUAUGGGAGAAGAAGAGACUUUGGGGUGCUGGAAGCCAGGUAGGUUUUAAUUUAGUGCCUAGUUUCUGUCAGUUGCUGAGCUACUUCCUUAGGUGGGGGAAGGGAUUAAAGAUGACUCAGACCUGCCUUAGCCCAGAGGAACUCAAGUUUGCAGUGCUGUAGCAUGGUUUUAUUUGGGUUUAGGGGAGGAGCCACCACACAAAACAAUAAAUGUCACGUUCCGAACUGGGAAACCAGUCCCUGUUCUGCAGCUGUGGGUUGUAUGAUUUGGGAUGCCACUCUGAAUUGCCACUCAGUUUAUGCUUGGGCACAUUCCCUUUCAGUCUUUUUCUGUGCCAUUCAGGAGCUAGCCAGAAAUCAGUUGUGCCCUGUAUUUCACCUUAAGUUGCUUGUUUGGGUAAAGCUUUGUUUAAGCCCCCUUAUAAAGAGGAAUUUGCCAGCCUAUGCUUGCCCAAACAUCUAGAGAAUAACUAGCAAGGCAGCCAAGAUAAAGAGGCAGGAUCUGCAAGAAUCGUUAGCAACUGAGCAUAUUUCUAUAAACCAAUAAAGGUUUUUCUAUUUUGUUCAUCUGUUACCCUUAUGCUGUUGCCACUUUCACAUGCAGUGUCUGUAGGCGGGAGUAUGAGAUAACAGCAUUGCACAAACGAAAGCGAGUGGAAAAGGGCUGCUUCCCCUUUAAGGCAGCUUCAGCCCCAACUCCCUCCCCUUUCCUGAUUGACAAACCUACCCGAAGUCACAUGAUCCGCCUCUAUUUGAAGGUCACAAAAAGCUGCUUCCUUUAGAGACAGAGGGGGAGAGAGAGAGCAAGAGGGAGAGCGAGUGAGAGAGAGAGUUAGUUCAAGCCAAAAUGGCCGACAGAGUCUCUGCUGGUUUCUGAAUAUUUAAAAUACAAAAAAACAGAUAGACAAAAAGAAUUCAUUUUUUGGACCUUUUUUCAUUUCCAUUUCUACCUUGUAUGCCUCAAUUUGCUGGAUUUAAGCACUGCUGCACUUUAUGAGAGAGAAGGAGCAAGAAAGGGAAGAACAGUUAAUGGAAGACAAGAAAAGGAAGAAAGAGGAUAAAAAGAAAAAAGAAGCCACUCAGAAGGUCACGGAACAAAAAACCAAAGUGCCCGAAGUGACGAAACCAAGUUUAAGCCAACCAACGGCCGCCAGCCCAAUUGGCAGCUCUCCAUCGCCACCAGUCAAUGGUGGCAACAAUGCCAAAAGGGUGGCAGUGCCGAACGGACAACCGCCAAGCGCCGCCCGCUACAUGCCUCGGGAGGUGCCGCCGCGAUUCCGUUGCCAGCAGGACCACAAAGUGUUACUAAAACGUGGGCAGCCCCCUCCACCGUCCUGCAUGCUGGGGGGUGGGGCAGGGCCUCCUCCCUGCACAGCACCUGGAGCAAACCCAAACAACGCACAAGUGACAGGAGCGCUGCUGCAGAGUGAGAGUGGGACUGCACCAGAGUCAACCCUUGGAGGUGCUGCUGCUUCAAAUUAUGCAAAUUCCACUUGGGGCCCGGGAGCCUCCUCCAACAACGGCGCCUCCCCCAACCCAAUUCACAUCUGGGACAAGGUGAUUGUAGACGGGUCUGACAUGGAAGAGUGGCCUUGCAUUGCCAGCAAAGACACUGAAUCUUCAUCUGAAAACACCACCGAUAACAACAGUGCCUCGAACCCUGGCUCUGAGAAGAGCACUCUGCCAGGAAGCACCACUAGUAACAAAGGCAAAGGGAGCCAGUGCCAGUCUGCAAGUUCUGGGAACGAAUGUAAUCUUGGGGUCUGGAAAUCUGACCCUAAGGCUAAAUCUAUUCAAUCUUCCAACUCUACUACAGAGAGCAACAGUGGACUAGGAAAUUGGAGGAAUGUGAGUGGUCAGGACAGAAUCGGACCUGGCUCUGGCUUCAGCAACUUUAACCCAAAUAGCAACCCAUCUGCCUGGCCAGCACUGGUCCAAGAAGGAACUUCUAGGAAAGGGGCAUUGGAAACAGAUAAUAGUAAUUCCAGUGCACAGGCUAGCACAGUAGGUCAGGCAUCCAGGGAACAGCAGUCAAAGAUGGAAAAUGCGGGUGUUAAUUUUGUUGUCUCUGGCAGAGAACAGGCUCAAAUUCAUAACACUGAUGGACCAAAAAAUGGAAACACUAACUCCUUGAACUUAAGUUCACCAAACCCCAUGGAGAAUAAGGGAAUGCCCUUUGGAAUGGGCUUGGGGAACACCUCCAGGAGCACUGAUGCCCCUUCACAAAGCACUGGAGAUCGAAAGACUGGGAGUGUUGGAUCUUGGGGUGCAGCUAGGGGGCCUUCUGGAACUGACACAGUCUCUGGACAAAGCAAUUCUGGAAACAAUGGGAACAAUGGAAAAGAUAGAGAGGACUCCUGGAAAGGAGCUUCUGUUCAGAAAUCAACUGGGUCAAAAAAUGACUCUUGGGACAACAAUAACAGGUCUACGGGUGGGUCCUGGAACUUUGGCCCUCAGGACUCUAAUGACAACAAAUGGGGUGAAGGGAACAAAAUGACAUCUGGGGUCUCUCAGGGAGAAUGGAAACAGCCGACUGGGUCUGAUGAGUUGAAAAUUGGAGAAUGGAGUGGUCCAAACCAACCAAAUUCUAGCACUGGAGCAUGGGACAAUCAAAAGGGCCACCCCCUCCCUGAAAACCAAGGCAAUGCCCAGGCUCCCUGUUGGGGAAGAUCUUCCAGCUCCACAGGAAGUGAAGUUGGAGGUCAAAGCACUGGAAGCAACCACAAAGCAGGAAGUAGUGACAGUCAUAAUUCUGGCCGUCGGUCAUACAGGCCCACACAUCCCGAUUGCCAGGCUGUCUUGCAGACUCUUUUGAGCCGAACUGAUUUGGACCCCAGGGUGCUGUCAAACACUGGCUGGGGCCAAACUCAAAUUAAGCAGGACACCGUGUGGGAUAUUGAAGAGGUGCCGAGGCCUGAGGGGAAGUCUGACAAAGGAACUGAGGGGUGGGAGAGCGCUGCCACACAGACCAAGAACUCAGGGGGCUGGGGAGAUGCACCCAGCCAAAGCAAUCAAAUGAAGUCUGGAUGGGGGGAGCUCUCAGCCUCAACAGAGUGGAAAGACCCCAAGAACACAGGAGGCUGGAAUGACUAUAAGAACAACAACUCUUCCAACUGGGGAGGAGGACGACCAGAUGAAAAGACACCUUCCUCCUGGAAUGAGAAUUCCAGCAAGGAUCAGGGGUGGGGAGGUGGACGCCAGCCUAAUCAAGGAUGGACUUCUGGGAAGAAUGGUUGGGGAGAGGAAGUUGAUCCAGCAAAAAACAGCAACUGGGAAAGUUCUACAAGUAAGCCUGUGUCUGGGUGGGGUGAAGGAGGGCAGAACGAAAUUGGAACUUGGGGUAAUGGUGGGAAUGCAAGUCUAACUUCAAAAGGUGGGUGGGAAGAUUGCAAAAGGUCCCCCGCAUGGAAUGAGGCAGGCAGGCAGCCCAGUUCCUGGAAUAAACAGCACCAACAGCCACAGCAGCCACAGCAGCCACCGCCACCACAACCAGAGGCUUCCGGCUCAUGGGGUGGCCCACCCCCACCACCUCCAGGCAGUGCUCGGCCUUCCAAUUCCAACUGGAGCAGCGGGCCCCAGCCUGCAACUCCUAAGGAUGAGGAACCCAGCGGUUGGGAAGAGCCAUCACCGCAGUCAAUUAGUCGGAAAAUGGACAUCGAUGACGGCACUUCAGCAUGGGGAGACCCUAGCAGUUACAACUACAAGAAUGUGAACCUGUGGGAUAAGAAUUCCCAAGGGGGCCCAGCACCUCGAGAACCGAACCUGCCCACCCCAAUGACUGGAAAAUCAGCAUCUGUCUGGAGUAAAAGCACACCACCCGCUCCAGAUAAUGGGACUUCGGCUUGGGGUGAACCGAAUGAAAGCAGUCCUGGGUGGGGAGAGAUGGACGAUGCAGGAGCAUCGACCUCGGGCUGGGGGAGCACACCUGCCAAUGCUUCCAAUGCCAUGAAACCCAAUUCCAAAUCUAUGCAAGAUGGCUGGGGGGAGAGUGAUGGGCCAGUCACAGGAACUCGCCAUCCCAGCUGGGAAGAAGAGGAUGAUGGAGGAGUCUGGAACACCACCGGCUCUCAGGGAAGUGCGUCCUCCCACAACUCCGCAAGCUGGGGACAAGGAGGAAAGAAACAAAUGAAGUGCUCACUAAAAGGAGGAAACAAUGAUUCAUGGAUGAAUCCUCUUGCCAAACAGUUUUCAAAUAUGGGAUUGCUGAGUCAAACUGAAGAUAAUCCAGGCAGCAAAAUGGAUUUGUCUGUAGAUAAGAAAUUUGAUGUGGACAAGCGAGCAAUGAAUCUCGGGGAUUUUAAUGAUAUCAUGAGGAAGGAUCGAUCUGGGUUCCGUCCACCUAAUUCCAAAGACAUGGGAACCACAGAUAGCGGGCCUUAUUUUGAGAAGCUGACUUUGCCUUUCUCCAAUCAAGAUGGGUGCCUUGGGGAUGAGGCUCCCUGCUCUCCCUUCUCCCCUUCUCCCAGCUACAAGCUGUCUCCCUCUGGUUCCACACUACCCAACGUCAGCCUUGGAGCAAUCGGCACAGGGCUCAACCCCCAAAACUUCGCUGCUAGACAAGGCGGCAAUCACGGUUUAUUUGGAAACAGCACAGCACAAUCGAGAGGCCUGCACACACCAGUGCAGCCGCUGAGUUCUUCUCCUAGUCUCCGGGCGCAAGUGCCUCCCCAGUUUAUCUCCCCCCAGGUUUCUGCCUCAAUGCUCAAGCAGUUUCCCAACAGUGGCCUGAACCCAGGUCUUUUCAAUGUGGGGCCCCAAUUAUCUCCUCAACAAAUUGCCAUGCUGAGCCAGCUUCCACAGAUCCCCCAGUUUCAGUUGGCAUGUCAGCUUCUCCUACAGCAGCAGCAACAGCAGCAGUUACUGCAGAACCAGAGAAAAAUUUCUCAAGCAGUGCGCCAGCAGCAAGAACAGCAGCUGGCUCGAAUGGUGAGUGCACUCCAGCAGCAACAGCAGCAGCAGCAGCGGCAGCCAAGCAUGAAGCAUUCGCCAUCUCAUCCGGUUGGGCCCAAGCCACAUCUGGACAACAUGGUACCCAACGCACUGAAUGUGGGGCUCCCGGACCUUCAGACCAAAGGGCCAAUCCCUGGAUAUGGUUCUGGCUUCAGCUCUGGUGGCAUGGACUAUGGCAUGGUUGGUGGGAAGGAGGCUGGGACUGAGUCUCGCUUCAAACAGUGGACCUCCAUGAUGGAAGGACUGCCCUCUGUAGCCACACAGGAAGCCAACAUGCACAAAAAUGGCGCUAUAGUGGCCCCUGGUAAGACCCGAGGAGGGUCACCAUAUAACCAGUUUGAUAUCAUCCCGGGGGACACACUGGGUGGCCAUACGGGUCCUGCUGGUGAUAGCUGGUUACCUGCCAAAUCUCCACCAACAAGUAAAAUCGGAAGUAAAUCCAGCAAUGCCAGUUGGCCUCCAGAAUUCCAACCAGGAGUGCCAUGGAAAGGUAUCCAAAACAUUGACCCUGAAUCUGACCCUUAUGUCACCCCAGGAAGUGUGCUGGGGGGUACAGCCACAUCUCCCAUUGUAGAUACUGACCAUCAACUGCUGCGGGAUAACACCACAGGGUCUAAUUCUUCCCUCAACACCUCGCUGCCUUCACCUGGUGCCUGGCCCUACAGUGCCUCUGACAACUCCUUUACCAACGUUCAUAGCACUUCAGCAAAGUUCCCUGAUUAUAAAUCCACGUGGUCCCCAGAUCCCAUAGGACACAACCCCACUCAUCUCUCCAACAAGAUGUGGAAAAACCACAUUUCCUCCAGGAACACUACACCGCUGCCCCGCCCACCUCCCGGCCUGACCAACCCCAAACCGGCAUCUCCCUGGAGCAGCACAGCACCCCGAUCAGUCAGGGGGUGGGGAACACAGGACUCUCGGCUUGCCUCAGCCUCUACCUGGAGUGAUGGUGGCUCAGUUCGCCCUAGUUACUGGCUGGUUCUUCAUAAUCUCACUCCACAGAUUGAUGGGUCAACCUUGAGAACGAUCUGCAUGCAGCAUGGUCCACUGCUGACAUUCCAUCUGAAUCUAACCCAGGGCACUGCCCUGAUUCGAUACAGCACCAAACAGGAGGCGGCCAAGGCCCAAACCGCACUGCACAUGUGUGUGUUGGGAAACACUACCAUCCUGGCUGAGUUUGCCACUGAUGAUGAAGUUAGCCGCUUUCUAGCACAAGCUCAGCCCCCUACACCUGCAGCAACCCCAAGUGCACCAGCCACGGGGUGGCAGUCGCUGGAGACCGGCCAGAACCAGUCAGACCCUGUAGGACCUGCGCUGAACCUUUUCGGUGGGUCCACUGGGCUUGGGCAAUGGAGCAGCAGUGCUGGUGGCAGCAGCGGGGCUGAUCUUGCUGGCGCUUCGUUGUGGGGGCCCCCAAACUAUUCUUCUAGCUUGUGGGGAGUCCCAACUGUGGAAGAUCCCCAUAGGAUGGGCAGCCCUGCUCCUUUACUACCUGGUGACCUUCUGGGAGGAGGGUCGGAUUCAAUCUGAACUUAGAACUUUCAACUCUGACCUCGUGACCUUUUUUGGAACAGCAGCAGCACUAACUUGACCUUUUCGUUUUUUUUUUCAACUUGCAAUAAAUACAUUUUUAAAAGGAAAAAAGAAAACGGAGAGAGGAAAAAAAAAAAGGUGGGUCAUUGACAGACUGUCUGAGCACAUAGUUGCCUCCCUUAUAACUUCAGUUUUUUCGUUUGGAAUAUGAAUCCAAAAAGAGAACAUAUCACUCUUGAAAUACUUGAAUCAUGAACGCCAACCUAGAAAGACAAUGUGAAGCAAGUACACAUACCAUUUAAAUUUAAACACAAAAAAAAAUUAAAAAAAUUAGUUUCUAGUUUUUCACUUUUUUCAUGUUAUAUGGAAGUUGUUGCUAAGAAACAUAUAUACUGAAAAAAAAAUAGCUUUUUAACUUUGUUUGCACUGGGUGUGUUUCCGUCCUUAGGUCUACCAUGUUUGGGAGGGAGGGAAAUUCAAAAGAAUUGUUGGGGGAGGGGGGAGGGAAGACUUGACGGAGCCUCACUUUAAAAACAAAAACACAAAAAACCUAAAAAAAAAAAAAAAAAAAAAAAGGAAAAAAUUUGUGAUUGGCUGGUUGAUAAAUACCAGUGUGUUCUGGCACAUGUAACUGCCCAGGCAUGCUUGUUCUGGUAUGUGUGUGCACGUGUGUUCAUGUGCAUUCGCGUGCAUCCUCCUGUCUCUGUGUGUGUGCCUGCGUCCCACCCUCCUCCUCCCACCCCACCCUCAUUUCUCAAAAAGCUGCAUUGCUGACAGUCUGCAGGCUGGCUGGCCGGCCACCCGCUUUUAUUUUAUUUUUUAAACUAUGAGAACACACAAGCACAGGGAGCUACUGCAACUGAAGCCACUCCGUCAGGCUGCAUUGAGACGAAGAGUGCUUUUUCACGAUGAGAGCAGGGAGCUCCUUUCCACUUGUGCAUUAGCCUGAGAGUGAGAUUCUCUAGCUUUCCUCUUGACCUAGCAGUAGAGCGGAGCACUGCCAAGUCCAAAAAUCAGAGAGCAGGAGGUACCUCUUGGAGCAGCUGUGUGUUCAGUCUGUUUUUUAAAAGUGAAUGGCCACUAGGCACACCUGAGCAUCUGUUAAAUUUCAUGCAGGUCCUUUUUGUUAGUUUGAAUGGGAACAGACUAUCAGAUAGUUUUUAGAUUAUGUGAUGUCUCAAAAGCAGAAAAUUUGUGUUCCCUCUUUCCUGUGUGAGCAGGUGUGAGAAAUUUAUCAAAAAAAAAAAUCAGGUAAUGCUGAAUUGAAUAUUUCUAUUGGUUCUCAUUUUCAUUUGACGAAAACAGUAAGUUGUGAGCAGCCUCCUGGAAGCAUCGCAGCUCCUCCCCCUCUGCUCCUCUCUCGCUGAGCGUUACCUGUGCCAGGCCAUGGCGUGUUACAGCACCAGGCCAUCACUGACAGAGACGUUUACUUAACGAAUGUUCUUAAACCAGUGUGUACUUCAAGCGUUUCCCUUUGUUUCUCUGUGUUGUGUAUUUCCUGUGUAUGUGGUUUUGCUUAGGCAGGAAUAACUUAGCAAAGACUUAAGUAUUGCACCUUUUUUUUUUGGUUUUGACCUCUUUUUUUCUUUUUCUCUUUGUAAUGUUGCUUUUUUAAUUUCUGUAUUUAAAGACUUUUUUCUUUUUUUUUUAAGCAUCAAUGUAGUAGUACUCUGGGCCGAACAGGGGGCAACGUUUAAUCCACAGUUACCACCAACAUGUAUGUGCUAUGUUGAAAUCAAAGUAUAUCAAACUGCUUGUUGUGAAGAGUGACAGCGGACCUGAGGGUACCCCUUUAUACAAAACAGGUGGGGGUUGUGGGGAGGGGGACACGUGCUGGUGACAAACUAGCACUUGUGUGGACGCCCCAGUCUGCAUCGUACUGUUCAACAUAAAGUGCCGACAUUCUGUACCAGCAGAUACCUGCCCAUUCCAGCCCUUGGUGGGAGCAGACCUCUACUGUCCUCUGUAACUUGCUGCUUUCAAGGGAGUCUUUCUUUCUUUCUUUAGCAUCUUCAGUGAAGGACACAACAAUGCCUGAUGCAUUUGACUUUCGGUCACGUCUGUGUAGGUGGGUGGAUGGGUGUGUACAGGAAAAGGCAAAAAAGUUAUUUGCAUGUAAGUGGUUUUUGUGAGACAAAGAAUGGGAAAUUCUGUAGUCCUGUUGGCAUACUCUGUUGAUGACAAACCUAGCCUCAAAAGAGAUUGACAGGCAUAAGUCAAGUGAGCGCUUGCAUGAGCCAGUCCGCAGGAAGCCCUUUGCGGGUGGGUGUUCGCACUUGAGUUUGCAGCGCUGGUUUGAUCCCACGAAUGCCUUGUCCAAACUGACUGUGCCCUCCUCCUGCUCUCCUGUUUCCAUCACCACCGUGCCCCUCUCGCCUCUGCCCCGACCAUGCGUCUCCUUCCAGCCCCACUGACUGCUCUCCAUGUUGGAGCAGAGCCCUGUCACGUGUGGUGACCUCCAGGUGAAGCACAGCUUGUGUUCAUACAUCUACAAACAGAAGGCUAAAUCUUAGUGUCCCUGGGCCAGGAGCUUGUCCCGAGGCUCCUGAGAGCCAGUGGGGACUAUCCACUGCCUCUCUUGGUUCACGGCUGUGUCCUGCCCUGCCCUCUUCUCCUCCUGCCUGUUGGGUCCUUGACCUGCACUAUGGCUUAGUUGAGUUCCUUACGAUACUACGGUGAAAGCCGGGUGCUAGAGCCCCUCUUGUUUACAAGACAUAAAUGAGGGAUUUGAAAUAUGUAAAAAUAAACAUGAGAAGCUAAAAUGUUCUUCCAUCAUAAGCUUAAAGGGAAAAAACUAAAAACUUAAAAAAAAAAAAAGACCAAAAAGUGCGUAUAUAUAUACAUACAUAUAUAUACAUAUAAAUAUAUAUUUUAGAUGAAGACUAACUCUGGGAGCAUUUAACAGUGUUUUUUGUUUUUGUUUUUAACAUUUAUUUUCCUGCUUUAAAAUUUGCAAGCAUUCUCAGGAAUUCUAGGGUAGGAAGCCAGUUUUUUGAAGAUGGUUUAUUUAACCGUAUCUUAUCCUAGAUAGAUGGCUGUUUCUUUCCUGUUAAUAAACUUUUACAAGUUCCUGAAACUUCAAAAAGUUUAAACAAUUUUUACUUAAAAAAUUGUAAAAAGAAAAGUCUCCAAACAUUAUUGUCAUACUGGGGAUCAUACAUUUUAAAACAUAUAGAAAGAAAUAUUUUUUAAAAAUUACCAAUUUAGCAGCAACAGGUAAAUUCAUUAUCUUAAAAAAUAUGGGAGAAGGAUUAAGAGCACCUUCACGGACUAUUUGAAAUCGCGUGUAAUGUAAUAGGGAGUGUUUGCAGAGUGGGGAUGCCGUCACCUCAUUCCUUUCCCUGUAAGGCUGAACUGGAACCUCCCCGAGCCAUUUUAAUUUUUUCAAUGGAACCCUUCUCCCUGUCCCUUCAACCCCAGCAACAAAAGAAAGAAACAACAGCUUUAAAAAUAAAAUAAGAGUAAUUCUAAUCUGUAAAGUAGUACGGUUGGAUUGCUGAGAAUCUAUGUAAAGAGUUAGGAAAUAUAGGUUAAUAAUUUUUGGAACAAAUUUUAAACAUAGGCAUUACUAGAGGAAAUUAUAUAUGGACUGUUCUAUUAAUGAAGAAUGUCUGUCUCACCUCUGUUUGUCAUGGGAAGAGGAGGAGAAAAUAUAGAAGAAUCUAAUAAGGAACAAGUGAUUUUACUUUCUUAGCUCCCAGCUACUGUUGUACUUGUUUUAAUUGCUGUUUUGACGAUCUGCUGCUUAAUUAUCUCCCUCCCUCCUCAGAGAUCUGGAGUGUUUCCUUUCAGUUUUGGAUGUUGAGUUCUUCUUUCAUAUCCUUUCUGGGGCCAGGGGUCAGCAUUCCCAAGCAUGACCACAGCUUCUUUCAAACGUUAAGCUUCGCGGUGGGAAGGAGACUCUGGCUCCACAGGGAAGGGAGUGGGUGGGUCGCUGCCUGCAGUGUCUCCAAAGCCGCUUUAGUGCCUUCGCUCACACACCCAGACAUCCCAGGCAGGGGACACGAAUGUGCCCAUGGUCCAGUCCCUCCACAGCCCAUAGGAUGCUUGCCCAGGAAGGUGAUUAGAGUGGUCCUAAACAGGACCCAAAGGCAGUGGGCUAAAUUCAACAGAUGAACAGAAAUCAAGGAAGCUAAAUAGGCUUUUAUGUUGUGAUAUGUGGAAUGCCAAGUUCCUUCCUCGUGUGUGUGCCCUCCCUUGCCCAGCGUAGACUUCUCCAGGUGUGUAAUGGUUACUGCUCCUGCGAUGGGGAAGGUCUCUGUACUGGGCCAGUGGAAGGAGGUUCCUGUUUUUCUGCUUCUGUCUUCUGCCUACCCGCCCUUUGUCACCUUGCUGAAAGGUUUGCUUUAUUGGUUGGCAGUGACCUAAGAACAGGUUAUGGUGAGGGUAUCAUUAAAGAGGAAAGCUCUUUUCUUUUCAUGGUAUUUUUUGGCAAGAGCCAUGUCUACCAAGAAGUUAGGUGGCUUUGGUGUACUUAGAAAAUUCAGUGGGUGUGUCUUCUUUUCCAGCACAUUCUGGCAUAUAUACCGAGGCCACCCUCAUUUCAUAGAUUUUACUUUGUACACAUUUUGGACAUGUAAGCAUGAGUUUUCCAUUUUGUAGUAGUGUUUUUUGUUGUUUUUUGUUUUGUUUUUUAAACAUUUGAUUGCUAGAGUGGCUGGAAGUGUGUAUAUCUCUUAAACAUCACAAACUUGGUUUCUGUCUACCAUAUGAGUAGCCAAAAGAAAAACAAAGUGUGAAAUAGGGAAAGGGUUGUCUUCCAUCAGACGGGGGCCUCUGCUGCCAGUGAGAAUCCAGUGCCAUGACCCCACUUCAGGUGUUGAAAAUCUCAGUUCUCUGCAACCCUGGGAAGAAAUUAUAACACCUCCGUCUCCUUCAUCCCUGUCCCUACAAGUGUUCCGUUCACAACGCUCAUGAGAGAGGACUUAGCAGUGCUUCAAGUGAAGAUUCCAAACCAUGGGUUCAGUCCCUAGCACCACACAGAAAGAAAUAUUCCAAACCACAUUCUUUCAUCAGCAUUGUCCUUGUCCCCUUCCUUCCCUUUUCCACAUCAGCCACUUAUUGCCCAGUUAGUUUCACUUUAGCAGCUGAUGUUCAGUUACUAUGGCUGCUGUUCUAAGAAUUUCCCCAACUCUUCUGACACGAAUGUAGCCUAAGUAAAUGGUUCUUCCACACUCCUGUGGUUUGAAUGUGCUAUAUAAGGUGUGCAAGGGAAGGAGAAAGACACAAGAAAUUCCUGCCUAAGAAUUUGGAAGCACCUUUAUUAACAUGUCUAUAAGAAACUAAAAGUUCACAGACUUUUAAGAGCAAAUAUUCCUUUCACUUUCACCCUUUUCAUGGAGGGGGUGUGGUUUUGUGGGUUAGCAGCCAGAUUCCAUUUGAAUCUCAGAUGCUGGAUCCUUUUUCAUCUUAUUUUUCGUAUAGUGUCAUCUUGACUCUAGUAUCUGUGUGCUGAGCAAAAUGCUCAGUCUAGCAAAGCCUGUUUCCUUCCAAGUGUAAACGGGGUGUUUUCAAUAGACUUGGCUUAGUAGCCGUUUCUAAGGUUAGGGCACAACUGAGUCCUGUAUAGCAAAGGUCUCAUUCUAGCUGGGCGCGGUAGCACACCUGUUAUUCCAGCAACUCGGGAGGCUGAGGCAGGAGGAUUGCAAGUUCUAGGCCAUUCUUAGCAACUUAACGAAACCCUGUCUCAAAAUUUUAAAAAGGACUGGAGAGUAGCUUAGUGGAAGAGGGGCCCCUGGGUUUAAUCCCCAGUUCCUUCCCCCACCACAAAAAAAAGUUCCAUUUUUCUCCAUCCACAUAGUUUAAAUUCAGCAUAUAAAGCUUUGUUGUUUAAGGGUUUGAGUUUUUAGUUUUAUUUUGUUUUUUGUUAAGAUCUUCAGCUAAGAGUAGUCUUUUGUUUUUUGUUUUUGUUUUUCCGGUGCUGGGGAUUGAACCCAGAGCUUUGUGCAUGUGAGGCAGGCACUUGACCCCCUGAGCUAUAGCCCCAGCCCCCAGGAGUAGAUAUUUUUAGCUGGUCAAAAAACAAAUCAAUCUUUUUUCUCCAGUGUUUUUGCCAAGUUUUGUCAUAUUUCAUGUCUGUGCGUUAACUAUACUACUUAGAAAGAAGUCUAAUUCUGCGAUGAUGAUUUUCCUCCUGCAAGAGUAAAACUAAGGCCACUGAUGGUGCAGAUAAGAAUUUUGUAUUGUCUGUCUUUAGACCUCAUUCACAAAAAUAGGGUGCCCUGUAGCCCUGCUGCACACCAGGCUGUGCCCCCUUUCUGUCUUGAUCUAUAAGAAUAUCAACAAUCUCGAAUAUUAUUUCCAUGUCCAGAGUUGUGCACACAAUAUGAUAUGAUCUGUAGGCUUAUGGCCAGUGCCAAAGGCAUGUGAAGGUCCCCAUUUGUCCAGUGAUAGUGUUUUCUUCUUUUAAUUUUGACACGGGCUAUGGUGGUAUCACAUUCUUUAGAUUUGAAAUAUUUGUUGACUUCAAAAACCUAUGGAUAUAGUAAUAGCUUAAUAAAAACUGAGCAUCAAUCCUCCCUAAACUGCCCACAUACCUCCCCACCUCCUACCCUACUCUGCCAAAGGAGGCCAUGAACAUCUACAGGGCUAAGAAGCAGGAAUGCUGGGCAGAGAGUGGAGAGUAGCUUCCCCACUAGCCAAGCAUCCACAUGUGAUCACUUGGACUAGGUCCUGAGAGAUUAUGAAGUAUUUCUAAUGUUUGAGUUGUUUUUGUUUUAAACUGUCAAUCUCAUGCUGUCACCCAGAAAACCACCCCUUACCCUCCAAAAAAGUAGCAAACUGACAGAAACUGCCAGUGUUUGCUUCACAGAAUUUAAAUAGUUCCCUUUUCGGUCAGCCGCACACCUGGAUUUGCUUUUAACAAGACACUGCAUGCCAGGAACUCCCUCUCCAGAGGGUCUCUGCAAGGCUCAGUCAUUGAUUCUUCAUUGUGGCAAACACUUGUCCUUUCAUGGGAGGACAAAGGUCAAAUAAAUGCAACAGACAAGAAGUUGUCUGUGAAAACAGUGUUUCCCUGAAGCAGUGUGUGCCUCCUGAGUCAUUGCUUUGGAAAUAAAUUCCCUAUUACGAUUGGUCCAGUCCAGCCAGCAUUGUUAUGUUGUGACAGAUUUUUCAAAAAGAGUAAUUCUUUUGUCCUGCUUUCCUUUCCCUUCAUACUGACUUCCUAGACCUCCUGGUGAACUAGGCAUUCCUCCUUGGGCACUGAAAGGUAUACCCCACUCUGGGGGUGGGAAUGGGUGGUAAAGAACUGGAGGCUGUGAGGAAGAGCGGACUCACAGAGGAAGGCAGUAGAUUACCAAAUGUGAAAAGAGGAUUUAUGCAAAACAAAGCAAAAACCUCAAGAGCCCUUCAAGAAGUCACAUGCCUUGUAAAGGUAGUGUGGUUUUUUGUUGUUGUUUGUUUUUCUACAAGUGAUGCAUUUUAGCCUGACACUUGCCAGAAAUUUCGGGUUAAGUUAGCAUAAAUGUGUUUAAAACACCACCUCCUCCAUUCCCUUUUAGUUUUGUCCCAGAAAGCACUCAAGUGAAGUACCUCUGAAUGUGCCUUGGUGAGUUCAGAGACCGUCUCUCUGAGGUAGAGGCCACCCAUUGUGGUGAACACAGAAAGACGGUCAUCGGUCAGCCCGGUCUUUGGGGCAGCAGAGUUCUCUGGAAGCCCUGGGGCAGCUGUUGAGCUUUCGUUAGCAUCAGUGUUGCACAUGUAGUUGUGUCGAAGAGAUUCUGGGGCUCUGGAGAGGAGGGGAUGAAGUGCAAUUGCACAAGUGACAGAGGCCCGGGUUAGUCCGAGAGUGCAAGUUUGGUUUUGGUAUCUGAGUUCCCUAGUUUUCUCUGUGUGUGUGUGUGUGUGUGUGUGUGUGUGUGUGUGUACACACGCAUGCAUGCUUGUGACUGUUUAAUUUCUUGUGUUUCCGUAACCAUGGAGAGUUGGAGUACGGUGACAUGUGUGACGCAUUCAUUCAUGCAUGUGAAGAAGGCAUUUUCUGGCUGGCUCCUGCGUGUGCAGCUCAGGCUUUACGUUUACCCUUAUUUACCCUUUCAUUCUGUGUCCUGAGAAAGUCAUUGUUUUCCCCAGUGGAAGUCCCAUCAUCUUGCCAUUUAUGCACACAGGGUAUUGCACACAAGGAAAAAGGUUUUGAAAGAGUUAAGAUUGAAGUUUGUGAGAAAGAAAAGGAAAAUUUGAAGUCAUGUUUUAUUUCUUCAGCAAUUAUUAUAGUUAAACAUAGAAAUCUGCAGUGUCUCUUUAUUUGUUCUGAUGUUUUCAACAAUUCCACCUCUUCUCCCCACUCCUAUCUUCUAAAGAAAUACCAAGUGGAUGCUAAGGGCCAUUCCCACAGUUCCUCACAGCUCCCCCACAGAGGAAAGCAGUCACUAGAUUCCUUCAGGAAGACAAAGGGAGGAGGGGAGCCUGGCUUUCUUGCUUCACUCUCAUUCCUCUCUGAUGGCCUUGAAAUGUAUUAUUAUGCAAAUGUGAAUUUUGAUACUGAACUUAAGAAGAGGUUGUUGGAUUUUUUUUUCUUUUUUCAAAAAAAAAAAAGGUCCAUAUGUGGUCAUCAUUGCUUCUUUAUUUUGUAACGUGAAUUGUAACUAUGCAUUCUGCAAAAGGGGGGAGGAGGGCAGAGGGGAAGAGGGUUGCUUUGAGUCCUUGUUCUCCAGUUUCUGUGUCCAUGGUAUCCCCACAUCAUGGAGGGAGGGGGAGUGAGAGAAGAUGCGCCAAGGUUGCCACUGUGGGAUCGAAAGAGACCUGAGGCCUCUUGCCAUGGUUGGCAGGUCAGAUGACCAGGCACAUUCAGGGGGCCUGUAGCUCCUAACCACCAGUAUGGUACAGGAUCCCUGAUCCUAGCCGUGCAGUGUUAAUCCAGGGAAACUGGGACCCCAAAGGCUCCAGUGUUCUCUGGACAAAGAAGUCUCAUCCUUUCCUGAAUCCAGAACCCUUCAGCUCAGGAAACCAUGCCUCCCUUGUGCUGAUCUGUCAAUUCAAAAAUGCUUCCUCUUCUCCUUUUUAAUUUCUCUCUUCUUUUUUAAUCAUUGUUAAGUGAACUUAUUCUUAAUUAUGAGGGAACUGCCCUCCUCUGUGAGGAAGAGGGCUGUUGCCUGCUGUUGCUUGGCAGGCAAGAAAAGAUUCUCUUCCCCAACUGCUGUCCUACAGUCAGAUGGAAUCUCUCUGCUUCCCCCUGCAUUUAUGAUGCUGUUCCUAUGGUGAGCAGUGAGUGAGUGACAUGGGAAGGCCUGCGUAGUCCUCUUCUUAGUUCUAACAGAAUUCCUUUGAUCUUGCCUGUGAUACAUCAUGGCACCUGCACUGCUCUGGCCUAGGCAUUAUUUGCAGCACACACUAUCAUAAGCAAGAGAUAGUUCGGCCUGUAUUCAGUGUUUUCCAUGCAGCAACUUUUGUUGUUGAUGUUCACAGUACUGUAACGAGUAGCAGACUUGAUCAGUCUCCUCGUGCCGGUGCAGGACUGCAUAGGCAUGACCUUAUCAGGGUUUCGCUCUGCUAGAUUGCCUUUAAACAAAAAACAGAUCCCGACGUUUCAACUGUCCACACAAAACUAUACCUCGAGGUACAGUGCCCCUGCAAUGGAAACCCUUAACUCCUGUCUCCUUUCUGACAUUGGUGAGUUAUUCUUUAUAAAAUAUAAAUGUGUAAAUAGCAGGAUAACCUUAAAAACAUUCUUUGCUGUGAAAGUAACCCUAAAAUAUGAUAUUUUCCAUACUAAGCCAUCAAAAGUCUCAGAUCUGAAUCCUUUCAUGUUUAAGAAGCAAAGACAGAGCAGGUCAGUAGAAUGAAUCUGUUUCCAGGUGGAGCUGUGUCUGUCGCUCUGCCUCACAGUGACCGCAGACCAGUGUCCAACCCUGUCUUCUUAACUAGCUGCCAUCUGUUCCAGUAUCCCAGCACUGGGGUGGGGGUUAUGUGGAUUUCUCUGGAAGAUCUGUCCUGUCCUAGGACUCCAGAGGGUUUCUAGGCAAGACUUUGGGUACACACACACACCUUGGAUAUCACUCUGUAGUUCACAAGGGGAUUUAAUCCCAGGCAUUUCAGUCAUAUUCUUGUCAGAUUGUGAUGCUUUUGAAAUGUAUGGAUUUCUUAGAAGGAAACUCAUCUAAGGAGACAAUGCUAACAACCUUGAAGGCCGUGCGCAUCUUCAGAUCUUCCUCCUUCCAUCAGAGUUGAGGGAAAUACCUUUUAACACCAAGCUCAUAGGACUCUUGUCAGUUACUAGCUUCCUGGAUUUGGGUCCCCAUGAGACAGGGUUGGAUUGGAUCCUGUUGAAUGGCUUCUUUACCCCCACCCCAGCUCUUAGUAAACUGUUGAGAAACCCUUUCUAGUGUGCUCUCCCUGGACUUGCUUAGUGACGACUCCUCUGAGGAAGAAGCUGGAUGAUAAGUACAUGUUCAUUCUCCACCCACCUUCUGAUUCGGGUUCUGUCAACUUGGAAUUCUCCUUCUGUUGUUACCUGGAGGCCCUUACCUACCAGUCUCCUUCUUCUGAUCCUUAUGGGUUCUACCUGCCUUUCUGCCCUUCUCUGAUGCUCCCAAAGGGCUUUGCUGAUCUCCACACCUCUUUCCUGGGACACCUCCCCACUACCACCCUUUGCACACACCAGUGACCAAAGUGUACACAGUGAUCUCAGAAGACAACAAAAUGGUGCACGCUCCUGAAUGUGCUCCCAGAGACACGUGCACAAGACUCUGCACCCUUGGCCUUAAUCUCAGCACGACUUAAGGUGCAGGAACAUUUUUAACAAGUUUAAAAAAAAAAACUGGGAGGGAAAUAAAGCAGAUAUAACAGCUAACCACGCCCACUCCUGACUCCCCACAAUUUGCUGACAACUUCACAUUCUGAAUCUGCCCCAUCCCAUCCCUGUUUUGCGUAACCAAAAACAGACAACAAAAGCAAUCUGAGGAGAGGUUUCUUGACUAUUUUUAUCUUUCUCCCUUUCGAUGGAGAUAUAAAUGCUGCUUGGGUUCCAUAAUCCUAGGGGGCUAUGUUUACAUAGUGAAAUACAUCCUACCAAAUCAGGAAACAGUGAAUAGUGGAAGUCACUUCAGUGAGGAGUCACUGAGGGUGAACCUGAGACAUCAGAGGAUCUGGGGGUGUGGCUGAGGAGGAGAGGCAGAGAGGUAUCACCAAAUCUCCUUGUGACAUGGGCUCCCUCCUUCCCUCCUUCACAGCUCUCCUUGCCCCCUUUAAACAGAAGGUGCAGAGAAGGCAUCAAAAGGAGGCUGGAUUUUUUAAGAGGCAGCUUUCCAACUUUGCACACAAACAGGUAACAGAAGGUACAGCAAAAAAAAAAAAAAAAACCUCUCAUCUGAAACACUCAGCAGAAACAAAACCUGUCAAAAGGACUAAAUAGCUGCACAUAUUGAUGCUCUCUGCAAGUUACCUAUAAGUGUUUUGUUUUUCUUAUACUUGAAAUAGCUUUUACAAUAUUAUUUUGGUGGCUUUCUUUUCUCUCUUCAGAUGGGCAAUAGAGAAAGAGGAUGAUGGGAUUUAAGGACACUUGGGGGAGAAAAGGGAGGACAUGGCAUUGUCUUUUUUAUUAAAUAGAGGUUUAAUCAAACUCCCAUAUGUUGACAUUGCUCCUCGUGUUACUGGUUUUACAUGGACACAGAAACUAGGCACUUUAGAGGUGCACUUGCACAGCAGGCUGGGCCCCCCUUUUCUAUAUUUUAUUUUACUUUUUUAGUAUAGUGGUACUUAAAAUCACUGGUUCACUUAAAAACAAUAAAAUGUUAAACUCUACUAAUGUACAAAUAAGCUGAAAAGUUGCAUUUUAUGUGUAUUUUUUGCCAUAGCAGGUACUGUAUUUCUCAUGCUGGAUUUCAAAAAAAAAAAAAAUAUAUAUAUAUAUAUAUGUGUGUGUGUGUAUAUAUAUAUAUAUCAAAAACAAAAAAAAACUGAAGGGUGGUGUUUUAUUGGAUUGUGACAGGUUGAGUAAUAAGGAAUUUAAGUCGUUGUCAUUUCAUUAAAACUGAGAGAUGAUGUAAUGCAUAUAUGAGAGUUUUCUGAAGGGUUUUUUUUGGGCUUUUAAACAGCUUAUUUUUGUUUUUGUUUAGUUUUUUAUUUUAUUUUAUUUUGGAAAGAUAUGAUUGUAUUAUGUGCAACUCAGUUGCUUACAUUAUAACUACAAAAUAUUUUUGGGUUCCUGGAAAAAAAAAAAAAGAAAAAAGACUAAUAAAUGUGUUUGGCUGCUAA